AUGGCGGAUCUGCCUGCUAUCAUCAGAACCGAGACGAGGGGGCCUAUGGGCGUCGGUAUAGCCGUGGGGUUCAUAUCGGCUUCUGUGCUUUGUCUUGCAGGUCGAUUCUACACUCGUGGAGUGAUUCUCGGAUCCAUCGGCAAAGAUGACUGGAGCAUACUGGUGGCAACCAUAUUCGCUCUCGUCGACUCCAUUGCCAUUUGCUUCGAGGUAAAAUAUGGCCUGGGAAGACACUCCGAGAACGUCUCGGCUGCAGAAGGUGCGGAGCACCUAAAGUGGCUCUUGGUUGGUAUCCUCAGCUAUAAUCUGGGUAUUAACGUUGUGAAGCUGGGCUUCCUCUUCCAGUAUCGACGAAUCUUCGAACAACCAAUAGUGCAGAAGGUGUGCUACUGGUUCAUCAUUUUCGUCUGCAUGUGGACGUGCGUACAGGUUAUUCUUCUGUCGCUCGCAUGCCUACCGAUCUCGUUCAUUGUUCCCAGUAUGGUCGGGAAAUGCCUCGAUACACUGCCCAUCUGGUAUUUCUCCUCCGGCAUGAGUAUGGCGACCGACAUUAUGAUAUUUUGCAUUCCGAUUCCUUCGGUGUUGAAACUUCAACUCCCUCUGAAGCAGAGAAUGCUGGUUCUUGCUGUUUUCUGCCUCGGCUUCUUUGUUUGCAUCAUCUCAAUCUACCGCAUGUUCACUCUUCGAACCGGAGUCAUCAGUACCGACCCAUCGUGGGAUAAUAUUAGCGUCGCAAUCUGGUCCUGCCUCGAACUCAAUGUUGCCAUCAUUGCGUCUUCACUACCAACAUUGCGCCCCCUUAUCGCCCGUAUUCUUCCAGGCGCUGGCCUCUCAUCCGCGCGCAACUAUCACAACACAUACCAUCGGUACGGCUCGGCAUCGGCAGCGAUGGCGCAUACUGGCUUCCAGUCCACCGAGAGUAGAAGCCAGAAAAUGCGUAGCACAAGCACAGAGGAGCUAGCGCUCGACGACUUCAGAACCGAGGGUCCUGCUACUAGUGUCCCAACUGGAAUCCAUUCCCACGUUUCUUCCGACACAAACAAGAGCUUCUACCUACAGGGCAAUCUGGAGGAACACCGCAUCGUCAAGACAACAGAGAUAUCAGUGGAUGUACGCGAGCGAUAG